ACGCGGCCGUCUCUGGCUCGCUUGCCAUUCGGCGCGUGCGCAUCGAGUGUGUGCAGCUCUGACGACCCGACAGGUAAACAAGCUGAAGCCGGCGGGUGGCUUGAGGAACGGUCCGGAAAGGAGCUGCUGGGAGUUCGCGCCUUGCAGGACAUGACACUGGUGGCACAUCCCGGCCAUGGGAUCCCAGCAUUCCACCUCUGCUCAUCUCUCUUCCUACAAGCGGAAGAAAGAAGAUGACAGGGAGGAUUUGCUGGAUGAACGGGAGCAGGAGGAAGCCAUUGCCCAAUUCCCAUAUGUGGAGUUCACUGGGCGGGACAGCAUCACUUGUCUCACAUGCCAAGGGACAGGCUACAUUCCAACAGAGCAAGUAAAUGAGUUGGUGGCUUUGAUCCCACACAGCGAUCAGAGAUUGCGCCCUCAGAGAACUAAGCAGUAUGUCCUCCUGUCUGUUCUGCUCUGUCUCCUGGCAUCUGGUUUGGUGGUUUUCUUCCUGUUUCCACAUUCAGUCCUUGUGGAUGAUGGUGGCAUCAGAGUGGUGAAAGUCACAUUUAAUAAGCAGGACUCCCUUGUAAUUCUCGCCAUCAAGGCCACCCUGAAAAUCAGGAACUCCAACUUCUACCCUGUGGCAGUGACCAGCCUGUCCAGCCAGGUUCAGUACAUGAACACAGUGGUUGGGUCGUAUACGACAGCUAACGUCUCCCUCAUUCCACCCCGGAGCGAGCAGCUGGUGAAUUUUAUGGAGCAGGCCGAGAUGGGAGGACCAUUUUCCUAUGUGUACUUCCUCUGCACAUUGCCCGAUAUCCAGGUUCACAACAUAGUGAUCUUCAUGAGAACUUCAGUGAAGAUUUCAUACAUUGGCCAUGUGACUCAGAGCUCCUUGGAGACACAUCACUAUGUGGAUUGUGGAGCAAAUUCCACAGCUGUUUAGAAACUUCUCUUGAUUCUUCCAUGACAGCAGCUGUCAGAAGAGACACAGCAUCUGUUCCCAGGAAUUCCAUACCUGCCCCAGGUGGUAGAAGUAGAGAAGAAACUGGUUCUCUUAAUCCCCGCAAACUUCCUCCUGCCACUUGGGAGGAAAACUCCUUUCUGUGGCACCAUUUAUGUUUCUUCAAACAGCAGAAUCACUGCCCAAUGCCCAGCCUAUGCCCAGCAAAUAGUAGGCACUCAAAGGUUUGAAGAAUUUAAUUCAGAUCUUUUCAGCUGUUUUGGAGCAUUAUAAAUUGAAAGCAUACCAUGGUUUGAGGUUGUCAAACCAUAGAGCAAGCGACUUAAAGAUAGAACUAUUAGUGGAGCUGCACAGCUAUUACCAGGGCCUCAUCUGCACAGAAGAGGCAGCAGAGAGAGAACAUUCAAACACAUAGAAGAAAGCACAGACUAUUCAAUACGUGAAAAUUUUUCAUCUGCUCCUAAAUGCCUAGGAACUUUUUUUAAAAACAAAACUGUUUUUCCUGUAUAAAGUUAUAAUUGUUUUUACCAAGAGUCUGUGUGAGGCUUGAUUUACCCUUCAUCCGUUGGCUAGAACAUGGAUUAGGGAUUUGAUAGAAUAAUAAACCCUGCUUUUAAUUCA